CCUUCAUGUCUGAUCCUGAAGACAAACCUGAAGCAGUCCAGAUCCUCUGAAGUCCAGGAUCUCAUCAGACCUGAGCCGGACUCUUGUGAUCCAGAUCCUUUCAGGCUGAGCUGCAGUUUGUCUCCAGGAAGGAGGACGAUGGGGGUCCGCAGGGUCUCCCCACUUCCUCUGCUGUUGCUCUACCUGCUCAACAACUCGGUCUCUAAGGUGUGGACCCUCAACCCGGACGACCCGAACGUGUGCAGCCACUGGGAGAGUUAUGCUGUCACCGUGCAGGAGUCUUACGCUCACCCGUUCGAUCAGGUCUACUACACCCGCUGCACCGACAUCCUCAACUGGUUCAAAUGCACGAGACACAGGAUCAGCUAUAAGACGGCCUACAGGAGGGGGGUGAGGACCAUGUACCGGCGCCGCUCACAGUGCUGCCCCGGCUUCUUCGAGAGCGGAGACAUGUGUGUCCCGUUGUGUACUGAAGAGUGUGUCCACGGUCGCUGUGUGUCUCCUGAAACCUGCCAGUGUGAGCCCGGCUGGGGGGGGCUGGACUGCUCCAGUGGCUGCGACAGCGACUUCUGGGGCCCCCACUGCACCAACCGCUGUCAGUGCCGCAACGGYGCCAAGUGCAACCCGAUCACGGGGGCGUGCGUCUGCACCGACGGCUUCCAGGGCUGGCGCUGCGAGGAGCACUGUGAGCCCAGCUUCUACGGAAAAGACUGCCAGCAGGAGUGCCAGUGUCUGAACGGAGCCACCUGCCAGCAUCAGACYGGAGAGUGCCUCUGUGCUCCCGGGUACACCGGAGUCUU